AAGCUCUGCUUGUACUUUAUUCCGUCCAGCGUCCAUUACGUACUGAUACGAGCUUGUACUUUAAUGUUCAACGGACACCAUACAGCACAGUACUACUGUAUGAUUACUAUGGUUGGAUCUAUGGUACGCUCAGUACCAGGUACUACUGUACCAUCCAUGGAUCAAAUUCUGAAUUGAUGCAUUCUGCCCUCUCGUUGAAACUAUAGGAAGAAAACAUUCAUUGUCACCGUGGUCGAUCGAUCGAUCGAUCAGAUCGUCCAAAGCACAACCAACGAAUGGAUCCUCUCGCCGAAAGCAAGACUGCUUUGCUUAGAAGGAACAUGACACUGCCGCGGCCAGAAAUUCCGAAACGAUGACCGGUGGCGACGCUGACGACGAUUCGUUCCAAGCAAGGGGCGACAGCGACGACAACGGACGCGGGACCGGGGACAAGGGAAGAAAGCGGUCGGCCGGAGCCCCCUUCGGCCGAUGCAGCGGCGGCGGCAGCGAUGUCCGGCCCCGACCGUCUUUUCGCCGGAAACCUGCCCCGGCCCGGGAAGAACCGCGCCGGCUCCCGUCGGAGAUCAAGCUCCGGAUCCUGUCGGCCUCGUACGGUCCCUGCGAGCUCCACCACGGCGGCGGUCUUGGGUCCGGCGAGGCGCCGGUGCCGUCGACGAGGGAUUGUUCCUCGCUGGUCCUCGGCCUCCUGUGGGCCGCGAGCGAGACCGAGCGGGGAGACGGAAAGCAGGAGCAACCGCAACCGCAGCCGCAACGCCAAAACAACCGGCACGAGAAGUGCCACGACACGGUGCGCCUCUCCCCCACGGUGGACGGGAAAAUCCAGGGCUUUCUCCGCCUUCUGCCCGGUGUGGACCGCCGGGAGGACACCGACGCUCCUGGGUCGAGGGCGGCCUCCAUGAACGCCAUCUUCGGAGACCCCUGCCCCGGAAAGACCAAGCGGCUCGAGGUCAAGUACACGGUCACGGAGGUCUUUCGAAGCGGUGGCAGCGGCUCGCCGGUCCCCCCCCGGACCGAGAUCCACCGCGCCAGCUUUGCCGAGCACGAAACCGUCCGGCUGCGGCGGUGCCUCUCGGCGGUCCACGCGGAAGCGGGGGCUGUCGCGGAAGGAGGAGAAUCCGGGGAGCCCGGAGCCGAACGUUUGCUCGGGAAUGGUUUGGCCGAGAGCGCCGAGGGAAGCUGGGACACCGGCUCCGCUCCGGGCCCCGGCCGCAGCAUGUCCUGGCAGCUCCGCUCGGAAACGGUGCUUCCCAUCGUGAUUCCCUUUCUGGACCUGUGGGAGCGAAUGCAGUGCCGGCUCAUCUGCCGCUGCUGGAAGAAAAUAGUCCAGGAAUGCGGGGUUUCCAGGUCGAUCGAUGCCAACAACAACGCCUACCCGGUGGCGAGCGGGAGAGCGACACCGAGCGCGUCCACGAGCGGCGGGAGCACCCUGACCCCCAAGAUGCUGCGCGAGCUGCUGGCGUAUUCGUAUUCGAGCCUGCAGAGUCUCUUCCUGAGUGGAUUCGGAGACCUCGAAAAGGAGGACCUGCACUCUGCGCUUCCGCACCUGCAGAAUCUCCGGGUCCUCGACGUGUCCCACUGCCCUCGCCUCGACGACUCGACCCUGAAGCUCCUGGCGCGAUCGGACGUCCCGUCCAGCGCGUCUCUUCGGGUCCUGUACCUGAAGGGACUCCGCCGGAUCACCGACGCCGGUCUCGAAGCGAUUUGUGCCUCCUGCGUUCGGCUGGAAGUGCUGGACCUUUCCCACCUCACCAACAUCACGGACAAAGGCGGGACCUGCAUCCGGAACCUGGUGUUCCUGCGGGCUCUCUUUCUGCGAGACAACUGGAAGCUGACCAAUAACAGCAUCGAUGCCAUCACGACGUCGUGCUCCAAGCUGGAGCAACUCACCCUGUGGGGGUGCGUUCGGUUGCACCGCCUGGCCUUCCAAGGUGGCACGGUCGGCGGCAGCGGCGGCGGGCCUUCCUCCGCCGGUUCCGCCACCCACCACCGGCUGGUGAUUCUGAACCUGUGGGGCUGCCACGACCUCGAGGACGACACGGCAACGGUUCUGUCCACCAUCCACAACCUGGACAGCCUGAUCGUCAGCGAGUGCCACAGGCUGACCGAUCGGUUCGUUCGGGCGUUUGUCGAGGGGAGGUCCCAGCGCGGCCACGGGACCGGAAGACUGCGGCACCUGCACCUGCGAUACCUGAAGCGCAUCACCGAUGCUUCCGUUGGGGCCAUCGCCCUCGGUCUGCGGGAUUUGUAUUCGGUGGACCUGUCCUUUUGUUCCAGGGUGACCGCCACGGGCGUGUACCGGUUGCUCCACGAGCGGAGGGACUCGCUGGCCGAACUCCGCCUGGCAUCCUGCCGCGGCCUGCAGAUCGGCAGGCUUGGGCCCGACCGGGGGAGGACGCCCGGCCGGCGAAGCGGCCACCACGACCACGCGGGCCACUGGAUCCUCAACGCCCUGCGCCGCCGCCCCCACAGCACGGUCGACCACCCGCUCUGCCUGCUGGACGCCCGGGGGUGCGGUGGCCAGCCGGCGGCGAACCUGCCGUACCCGGAAGACGACCCCUUCGUCGGGGGAAUGGCCGCCCUGGGGUUUUCGCAGGCUUUCCCGGGGUGUUUCUCGCGGCCGGUCCUCCGCGGCUGACGGACACCGGUGCCGAUGGAUGCGAGCCGAUGGAUGCGAGCCGAUGGAUGCAAGCCGAUGGAUGCAAGCUACUAAUAAGCUGCUGGCUAAUAA